AUGUACUCAGACGAAAAGCGAAACACUUACGGUUCAGAGCUGAGCUACACUGGGAAAAUCCAAACGGAAAGGGACCUCGAAGUCCGCUUAAAAAUCGCCAAGGAUAAAUACGAAGAAAGGCUCGAGGCUAUCACAGAUAAAGUCCGCUUAAUUUUUGAUGAAAUUAGAAAGGACGAUGUGAUCGCUGUCAUGAAAGAAGACCCCACUUCAAAUGUCUUCAUUUCGCAUAGAAUGAAAGAAAUAUGCGAAGACAACUUGGCUAUGGAACGAGAAAUUAAAUAUGGCGUCUUCGUCUGGGCAUGGCCUCCCGGCCAUGCAGCCUCGACUCAUAUUUAAUUAUAUCCGGCAAGGUUUUGCCAGCUCAGAGAGGGACAGCAAUGCUAGGUAAGCAAUUCUGGUUGUGUUCAGAGCCUAGCCCUAGUCUAUUCUCAGGGUUGGUUUUUUCCUCGUGGGGAAGGAAGGCAUGACAGUUGGAAAGGGGAAGCCCAGCAGAGUCCUAAAGACCAAUCGGGCAACUCCCUAGCGUGAAACUGGGCGUUACAUCCCAGGCUGCGUGUUUUUCCUUUUGCCGAGAGCCGACCAGAAAAUCCAUUUUUUGGAUUUUCGGAAAGGCAACCCAUGUCCAGAUGCAGUAGCUCACUCAUGAGCCGUCGAAGCCGGCGACAUUUGCCCUAGGCGCACCUUGGUGAUCGAGACGGGUUGGCCCAGCAACUCGUGGGCCCGAUGCGGCGAAAGGCAAGUGGCGGGUCUGGGAUAGUCUACCCCGUAGUGGACGUUAAACGUUAUAAUUAAUUAGUUAGUUAGUUAGUUAGUUAGGCUAUGGAACGAGAAGAAACUAUAGAAAGACUCAUGCAAGAAGUUGCAUAUACCCAUGGAGAAAUCAAACGCCUCGAAAGGGAGACCAGCGUGGGGAAAAAUAACUUGCAGGUGCUUCAGGAUAAUUUUAAUGAGGAAAAGCAUAGGGCUGAAAUUGCUGAAGAAGAAAUUUCAAAUUUAAGGAAUCAUUUGGAGCAGCUAGCAAAGGAGGAAGAAAAAUCGAGGAAAAAAGCUGAAGAAAGCCAAGGGGUCAUUAGGCAGCAGUCUAAUGAAAUUGAUAGGCUAAAGGAGAAUUUGGAGGCCGCUGAUAGAAAUGUAUGGCAGAAAUCGACUGAGUAUGAAGUUAUGAAGCAUGAUUUGGAAGUUGAGAAAAGCAAUAAAGAAAGCAUUCUGGCUGAGCUUAACCAGCUGAAAGAAGAGUUGCAGCAUAAGGAUAUCGCCAAAGGAAAAGCUACACAAAAUAUAGGAGAGCUAAAAGAGCUAUGUGAGCAGUUAAAAGAAAAGGCUGAAUCCUUAGAGCAAGAAAACGGAAAACUGCUAAAUAAAUUAGAAAUAAUUCAAAAAGAAAAGCAAGACCAAGAUGCAAAAUACAGCAGUAUCGGGGAACAAAUAAAAGAAGCCAUUGAUGUUGAGCAGAAAAGAAACUCUGACAUAAUACGCGAAUUUCAUCAAAAAUACAAAACCAAAUCUUCACGAAUGAAGAAAAAAAUAAUUGAUCAAAGAGAAGUCAUAAGAACUCUUGACCAUGAAUUAAAUAAAGCUAGAAAUGAGUUAGACGCAAGGAAAUUUGAAACAGACAAAGCACUUAAUUUAGUACAAGCUGACAUGCAAAAAUUGAAAGAACAUUGGGAAAGAAGGUGUAGAGAAAUCGAAAAAGAGCACCUAAAUCAAGCUGCUGAAAUGCAAGCAAGGCAUAGAGGAGAAAUUUUAAAUUUGCAAAGGGAAUAUGAACAACUGCAUGAAGAAGCUGUGGCGGAAUUCAAAAAUGAUACAGCUGCCCACAUGACAAGGAAAAGAAACCAAGAUUUAGAGCUUAAACGAUCUGUUGAUGAAAAGAUGGCACAGAUGGAAAAAGAUUAUAUAAAAAUAUCAAAGCAUGAAGCAAUGGUUUCUGAAGAAAUUUCAAGACUCAAAAUGAAGCAUGUUCAGGAAAUCAGAGAGCUAGAAGAGCAGCAAGGACAAGAUUUUGCUAAAAAGCUACGAGAUCUUAAAGAGGAACACCAAAACGAAGUAGAAAAGCUAAUGACGAAAAUAAAUACAUUAGACUUAGAAAAAGCAGAAAUUAUGUCUGAAAAAAGACAUUUAGACUCGGAGCUGGAUUUUGCAAAAGAAAGAACUGAAACGCUAGCCAACCGACUGAAUUCAAUGAAAAGCGAUUUGAACGACUUAGAAAACCAAAAGAAGAACUUAUUAAAAAGUCUUGACGAGGCCACCCAAAAUGCCUCAAAAUUAAAAGCUGCUUAUGAAGAAGAGUCUUUCAGAAGACAAAAUAUCGAAAAAGAAAUAGAAAAUGAAAGAAAAAGAAACAAAGACCUAGAAAGCUCAGUUAGGGAAACUGAAAGAGAGUUUUCCAAUAAAUUUAAUUCCCAAAACGGCAGUUUUCAAGAACAGAUUUCAGCUUAUGAAUCAGCCAUAGCGAGAGAGCAAGCAAAUAAUAAAAGAAUCAAUCUUGAAUUAAGCCGAAUUCUUGAAGAAAAAGAAAGGCUUGAAAAAGAGAAACAAGAAGCUUUUGAAAGCUAUUCACGCGAAUCCCAAGAAUUCUUUGUAUCAACUCAAAGGAUUAAGCAAGAAGAAUACCAAAAGCUCGAAAAAUUAGCAGCUGAACACAUGGAAACCAAAAAAUCUUUAAUUCAGCAAGAGCAUCAAUGCAAAUUUUUAGAGUCUGAGCUAGAAAAUAAUCAAAUUGUAGUCCAAGAACUGCGGCAACUCAUAAACAAGUAUGAACGAGAAACUGCAGAACUCAAGAAGUCAGUCAACUUUUUUGAGUCGUCCAGCAGCGAAAAGCAAAAUCAAAGCAUAAAACUAAAGAAAGAACUGGAUAAAGUCAAAGAAGAAAAGCGAAAACUAUAUGAAACUGCCAACGCAGCACUUAAAGGAACUUUAGAACGAUUCAGAAACGAACUCCAAAAUUUAUCCAAAAAUUCUUUUCAAGAUUUGCAUAAUUUCAAGAAAAGCCUUCAUCAGCAGGUUUCUGACGCUAUUGGUACAAUUGAAGAGAAUCAAAGCAGAUCAAGAAGAAUGAAUGAAAGCCUACUGAGCGAAAAAGAUGAAAUUAUCAAGAACCUAGAAAGAAAAGCCAUUUUAGUGGAAGAUGAGCUAAAUGAGACUUUUACAGCCAAAAGUUUGAUUUAUGAAACAAAUAUUGACCAUCUGAAAGCCUCAAUUGCUGCCCUGAAAGAUGAAAUAUCAAGCAAAAACGCUGAAAUGGGAAUUUUCGUACAAAAAGUUGAUGAUUUCCAGAAUCAAAGAAAAGCCUUAGAAGAGGACAAGCAAAAGCUAGAAGAAGAGUUGAGAAGAACAUAUGAGAGCAUUGAAAACUCUCGCCAAGAAAGCAUUGAUGUACAAUAUAGAUUGAGAACUUCGAUGGAACAAGAUCUGCAAGACAAGCAAAAUGCAAUUCAAGAUAAAUACAAUAGAGAAAUGUCCAGGUACAAAGAAAUGGUUGAUGACAUCAAAAUCCAGUCAGAACGCCAAAUGGAGCGGCUCCAAAGCCAAGUUGCUGAGCUACAAAAUAGCCAUGCUCUUGAAAUUGAAAACCUAGCCAAAAACUAUGAAUCCAACCUAAAUCGAUCUGAAAGGGAAUUAGAAAAAGAAGCGAGAAAUUCACUAAAUUUGAAAGGUAUCAUUAAGAAACUCCAGAACUCCAUUGUCAUAUUAGAAGAGAAAUCAAUAGAAUUAUUCAAUAGUAUUGAAGCCAAUGCUGUAGAAUUGCAAUGCAGCAUAGCUGAAGAUAAGCAAAAAUAUCAGAAAUUCAGAAGUGAAAAAUUGAGUGAAAUAGAAGGCCUGAGAGGGGAAAUGAAGAAAAUCAAAGGAGAAUUACAAUUGAAAAAUGAUAUAAUUGAGAAGCUUGAGAGAGAUAAGGAGGAGCUUAAAAAAGAACUCCAAGAUCAAUCUGAUAGCUUUGAUACUCAGCAAUUGCAUGAAUUAACUCCCACUUUCCUUUAGAAAGUAAAAUUUUUAAUUAAAGAUUUUAAAAUUUAUUAAAAAUAUCCUAUUCGCGAAAAUUUGAGAGUAAAAGUUUAAUUUAUAAAAUUUCUGUCCUAAAAUGCAAUCUUUAAAAUUAAAUAUAUUAAUUAAAGAUUUAAUUAUAAUAGCCACUACUUAUAUAUCAAAAAUUAAAAAAUAAUUAUUUAAAACAUUUUUCCUUGCUAAAGAGAAUGGAUUUUCAAAAUAGCUUUGUUGAUCAGAAAAGGAAGUAAGAGGAAAACUUGUAAAAACAUAUCAAUCGACUUUGGAGAGUGUAAAGCAAGCCAAAGCACUAGAAAAAGAAACUGGAGAGCUUAGUAAAAGAGCAAAAGAAAGCCCAGAAAGAAGAAGUUCUGCACUUUCACUUAGCCAACUUAAAGCAAGUUUAGAAAAAUACUAA